GCCAACAACAUGGAGAUGGAGAUGCAGCCCGCUGCUGUCCCACCAAUCGAACCAGCAAGGAUGGGUCCGCCGCCGCCGGCACCGCUGCCGGAGGAGCUCGUCGAGGAGAUCCUCCUCCGCAUCCCGCCGUCCGACCCCGCGACCCUCGCGCGCGCUGCCGUCGCCCAGAAGCGGUGGUGCCGUCUCGCCACCGGCCCCGGCUUCCGCCGCAGGUACCGCGCCCUCCACCGCACGCCCCCGACGCUGGGCUUCUUCUGCGACCACAGGGACGGCGACGGCUUCUCCACCAGCUUCGUCCCCGCGUCCUCCUUCCGACCCAACCCCCGCGGCGCCGACCACCGCGAGCUGCGCCCGGUGGACGCGCGCCACGGCCGCGUCCUCCUCCGCGUCUCCCCGGUGAUGUUCGGCAUCGUGCUACGCAGAUUUGGCCUCGUCGUCUGGUACCCCGUCUCGGGCCACCAGGUGGUGCUGCCGACGCCAAAGGGCUUCUGCGACGAGUGGAUCUGGAGAGCCACCGUGCUCUGCGCCGCCCCCGCCGGCUCGUGCGACCACGACGUCGAUUGCCACCGUGGGCACUUCACCGUUGUCCUCAUCGGCGAUUACCCCAACGGUAUGUUCUCCUGCGUCUACUCAUCGCAGGCUGGCGCGUGGAGUAAAAUCACCUUUGCUCGGCAUCUCGGCUGGGCCUGCCGUCUUGAUGAGUACAGUGAGGAGCGCAGCGCCCAUGUCGGGAAUGCACUCUACUCCAUGUUAAAAUGGGGAAAUAAAAUCCUCAAGUAUGAUUUGGGCACACGGGAAUUUUCUGUGAUGGAGCCACCUGUUAUGCUCUCACGCGAGGCAAAUACCCACUCUGAGCGAAUUCAACUUGCCGCCAUGGAGGAUGGGCAGCUAGGAUUAGCAGUGCUGCGUGAGUUUACUACACUUUACAUACUGUCAACAGACGAAUAAUUUGGAUGGGGACGAACCAAAACCAUUGAUCUCGAAAAAUGUGGUAUUUAUGUCCCAUCGGCCAUUCCACCUUUUUUGAUCGACUUUGCGGGAGAGAAUAGUCUUGCUUUCAUGUACGCUGGAGAUAAUGGAAUCUUGAGUGUCGACAUAAGGUCUGCUCAGGUGAAGGUGUUCUAUAAGACAGCAUGCAUCUCCCGCAUUGUUCCCUACAUCGACUUCUGCACUCCAGGUACUUUUCUCAGACAUCCUGAUUAUCCCUAUUCCAGUACCAACUUACCUUAGCUUCCUCAAGAAUCACGAGUUUAUCAAAACGCAACAUCAUUACUGUCGCUCCUGCAUACUCCCUCCGUAUCGCAUUUAGAAGAUGUUUUGGACAAGGUUUUGGUCAAACAUUGGGAAUAUAAAUCAUGAAUAAUUUUUAAGUCGUUGAGUUUGGAAAUGUGAAAAUUAUAUCAAUAGAUUUGUCUUGAAAAUUACUUUCAUAAAAAUAUACAUAUAUAACUUUCCAAUAAAUAUUUUUAUAGAAAAGAGAAGUCAAAGUUGUGCUUUGGAGACCGUGUCGCUGUCCUAAACGUCUUCUAAUUGUGAUACGGAGGGAGUACAUUUUUUUUUUUGCAUUGGAGCAUCAUUGCAGAUCACUAGAUAUACAUGGCUUAUUCAUUAUUUGGGCAACAUUAUUGUGUCACUCCUGCGUCAUUUUUUCUUUGCAAUUGAACAUCCUUAGAAAUCACUAGAUAUGCAUGUCUUAUUCAUUAGUCACACCUGAAAUGGAUAGCAUUGAUGUCAGGACAACUGAUCAAAAUUUUGGGCAGCUGAAAACAUAGCACUCUAUUCAUGUGGCAGUUCAGGAUUUACCUGCAUGGGAUAAAUCCUGAGUGCCACUAAAGUUGUGUUUCAAUUUAUAAUUUUAUGAGAUUUGGGUUUUCACCAAUAGUGAGAUCAAUAAAAUGCUGAGUGCAACCAAGUUGCAUGACAAAUUAUAAAUUAUGUUUCCACUUUAAGCUGGGAUAGGAGGGUAUCCAAAAGAAGGGAAGCCACUUCUCGCAUGGCCUCCUACAUUCUGAAAUCCAUAUGGUGCCUUCCUGAAACCCCGUAUGUUCCUUUGCUGUGAAUGGUUAUCAGUUAACGACGUAGAAAUGUGGAUGAUGAUUGAUGACACCUAUGCUUAACUGAGAUUGUUCUUCUGUAGUUAUGAGUACAUCUUUGUUGAUUCAAAGGUUGAAGCAACAUCUAGCUGGUGGCUCUGGAGAUACAAAAAUAUGCACAAUGACUACUGCUGCAAUUAGAAAGGAGAUGAGAGGUGACAUGGAAACUAGCAGGAGGACAGCGUCCCUAGAUGACAUUGAUUAGAGAUUUCAGUUCUGUGCUAGCAGCAGUGCAUUACUAUUAAUUAUGUUACAUUCAGUUCUGUGCUAGCAGCAGUGCAUUACUAUUAAUUAUGUUACAUUAAGUCACUAGAGACCAGUUUAUGGCCAUUAAGAGAUGAGAGAUCUCAGAGUUGCUAUCGUACUAUUUGAUGUUGUGCACUAGUAGUCUACUAGCACCACUUAUUAUUGUAUUACAUGCUAAGAAUUGGCAAUAUUAAUGUCUGAUUUGCUUUUGAAUUUUUAGUUAACUUAUAUAUUAAUAUGGUUAUAUGGCGUCACCUAGGCGGCUAGAAGGGGGUCGCUUGCCUCGCCUUACCGCCUUUAAAACAUUGCAUGUGGUGAUUCAGGAUUGGCAGUUGUGUGAGAUAGCCAGAUUGUGUGACAAAUUAUAAAUUGUCUCCAAAUUUAAACUUGGACACCAAGGUGUGCGUGCCUGGUAUUCUGCUCUCCUCUUGGCAAAUGGUAAUGAGUUAGCACUUGUAACGUGUGCUGCCUGUUAGGUACCUAAGUAGACCUAAGUAAAAGGCUAACUGGAGGCGCUAACUAUUAUAUAUCUUUGUCAGUGAAUUUUCGUGCCUGAGGUUCUUGGUCGAGAGGGGAUUGUGCUGCAUAUAUAUAAUGAGCUCUAUGUCAGGACAACUAUUACUAUUCUGACACCCCCUCUGGGGGUUCAGUAAUCUAGUGAAUAUCCAGUAUCCCAAUUCCAGUUUAGCUUUUGGAUUUAGGUUACUCUUGUGAGUCCAUGCUUUUCACCGAUUGGAACAAGGUUGCCAAGAAGCAUCUAGUUAUUCUUGUAGAAUGUGGUCAUGAAUCAUGAAAUGUUCAGUUCCAGUAAGCCAGUCCAUCCUUGUGUGACGAGAAUGUAUUGAACUGAAGAGUGUCUUGGAUCAAUUUCUGUUGUGGCGCCUGCACGUGCACCAAAAUCAAUUUCUGUAUGUUGGAUCAAUUUCAUCUGUGUAUGAUUGUGUUUGUGUUUGUGUUUUUUUGAUUCAAUGUUUGUGUUUGUUUUUCACUGAACGCAAGGCGAUUCGUAUGCUGCAGUCCAAUAAAAUGUUUGACUCUGUCACUUGCGGGGCCCAUUGUCAGUCUUGCCGUCUCCCGGGCCCACUGCAGCAUUCGUCUUUCUCUUCUCUCCCUCGCUUGCGGUUGCGGCUUGCCUCGGCCCAAAUCACCAAACCCUGGAAACCCUGUUUCCCAGUUGUGCUUCUUCGGUGGCGGCGGUGGCGUGGUCGGCGCUUCCUCCGGCGAUGGUCACUGCUGGGUCCUCCUCCUUCUCCUCGACGGUGCUUCAUGCUUCGUUGCUGAGGGGGAGUUUUGGUCCCUCCGAGGCGGCUCCGGCAUCGUGCACUCCGGCUGUCUUGUGAGGUCUUCGAUUCCCGCCGGCGAUUGGUUGGGGAAGACGUCGUCAGCUUCGUGGAAUAAGGUACUCCAGAUCACUCUCUUCUUCAUCGGUGCGUUCUCCGGUGCCGGUGUUGGAUCUGUGAGUUUGGGGGCUUCCCAAUCUUGGGUUUCUUUGGAGAUGUCGGUGUUGGGAUCUUUGGGCCGAUCACCAGACAGAGAAAAAACUCUUUAAACGAAGGUUAAAACACUAGAACACAAAUUGCACAAUGGAAAUUGCACUAUUGCCAGUACGAAAUGUUCCAACCCGUACAACGUUGGGUGGGAGGGGGUAUUUAUACCCCCAACCUUAUUACAUCUUUCCAGAAAUGCCCCUCUGGUCCCCACGAAGGUCAAGAGGUUACAACAGGGGUAUUUGGUAAUUUCCCUAGGUUGGACUGUCCGACUUGGAUACUCCCACCCGGAUCACGUGUUUUUUGCCCCUCGGGAACCUUCGGUAGCGGUCCUUGACAAGCUUAGUGUGGCGCCGCCUUCAUCGUUCUCCACUCUUGAGUCGCCCGCCGCACCCGAAGGUUCUUGUCGCAACCUUCGAGAGUGUGGACCUCCGGGUUCCGUGAUGUUCGACGACCCUUAGCGACGACCUUCGACAAGCUUCGAGGGACUUCACCUUCAUCAUUUUUCGCCUCCGCGCUACCCGAAGCAUCCCGGCGACUCAGGGUACCAUCUUCUGGCGCCGAACCUCGACGAACUCUUCGAUGCUUCAUCAUCUUCGAAGAAUCUUCGGGUUGAUGCUUCGUCAUCUUCGCUGAAGCUUCGGCAUACCCUUGGGGGACCUUCGGGAACCUUCGGUACUCCUUUGUGUCACGCCACCUUCGGGAGGAGGCGAUCCCCAACAGUCGGGUUGGGAUAGCCUUUGCACUGGAGUUUGCUUGUUCUUCCGUGGCGAUGGCGGAAGAUUGCUAGCAGCUCGAUGCAGAGGGAUGGCUGUUGGAUUCGUGGUUGGUGGGUGGGUGGCCUUGUGCUUCUUCCUGGCUGCCUGCCGGCGAGUUGUGCAGGGCUUCGGUCAGAGGAGUACGGGGCGAGUCCCCGGCCGAUGUCCUUUCUACGUCAAGAUCUACUGCUGCUCGUUUCAAAGCUUUCUUGCGAUGGUACUUCUUCUGGCUACGGUGUUCAUUUUCUUCCUUCCUGAUCUGCUGUUGGCUUGGCUGCUGGCGGUGGUUGAAGACGACAGACGAUGACGGCAAGCACAGGAGAUCUGGAGGUCUUUUCUGUAAUUGUUUAUUUCAUAGGGUCUUUUGUGCAAGUUGUGUGGGACAGCUGUUCUGGUGCCGCCUCGUCUCGGGCCCGGGCUUCCGGCGCAGGUUCCGCGAGUUCCACCGCACGCCCCCGAUGCUGGGGUUCCUCCUCAACAUCCGGGCCGAUGCCGACGCUGAUGCCUCCGGCGUGUCCCGCUCCCGCUGCGUGCCCACGGCCGCCUUCUGCCUGCGGCACGCCGAGACCCGCAGCUGGCGCGUGCUCGACGCCCGCCACGGCCACGUCCUCCUCCAGCAGCAGCCCGCGGAUCCUAACUGCGUCGACCUCCUGGUCUGGGAUCUCGUCACCAAGGAGCAGCGGUCACCAAGGAGCAGCGGGAGGUGCCCAGCCCGUCGCCGUCGCCAUCGCGGUCGCUUGGACUGUUCUGCAUGGCUGCUGCGGUUCUCUGCUUUGUCACCACUGGCGCUUGCGACCACCUUGAUUGCCACCGUGGACCCUUCCUCGUGGUUGUUGUCGUCGUCGAUGAUCCUCAAGCGAUGGACAGCUACUUGUGCACCUACUCAUCCGAAUCUGCUACAUGGAGCAAAAGAGUCUCCCCUGGCUUCAUCAGGUGCGCCGAACGGAUGCCCAGCGUGUGUGGGGAAUGCACUCUAUUUUGGGUUUGUAUUGUCAGACAGUGCUCAAGUAUGAUCUGCAAUCAGGACAAAUCUCUCGGAUGGAACUCCCAACCGGAUGCGUGCGUAGUAAGCCAAGAGUGUUCACAACCACGGAGGGUGGUGCACUGGGAAUUGCCACCAUACGUCGUGAUUACAAGCUCUACAUUUGGUCCAGGGAGGAUACUGGUUAUUCUUCUAGGUGGAUACAAACCAGAGUCAUUAAGCUCGAGAGGUUGCUCCCUGUUGACGCCUUCUUUGGGUCAGCUGAACGACCUUAUGUGGUUGGCUUUGCGUAUCGCAUUGGUCUCCUUUUCUUCUGGGCAAACAAUGUCCUCUACACAGUUCAUGUCAAGACCUGCGAGGUGAAGAAGUUGUACAAGGGCCAUACUAUCUACAAUGUUGUUCCAUACAUGAGCUUUUACACUCCAGGGAGGGUCUGCAGGUUUGAGUAGGAGGGCUAAUAGAAAAAGUUUUGGGAGCAGCUUUUACAGGCAAGGGAGCAAGUGCCGGUGGCUGAUGUGCAUGAACACCUAUGAUGAGGGUUUGCAAAUUUCGAAGUUGGUGUGCUCAUGUCAUCUGAGAGAUCGAGCAAGGGGGAAAUGGGUGGUAGUAAUGGUAAAUAGCAUCAGAUCUAUGAUGAGACAGCACCUUUUGCAUCCAUGAGAUUGUUGUUGGCCUUAAUAUGUUAGCCUUUAUGCUCUGUGUUUCCAUUAAACUUUUUCACUUGUUCUGUGUCUCCAAAAAUCCAAAGUUAUGUCGGGCUUUGUUUACCCCAGCAUUGUGCUACUUGGUCU